AUGCUCAAAUUUUUACUAUUAUUUUUGGCGAUAUCGAUUCUAGCCGUCAAUGCCGGCGGUGUGGACAUCUCAAAAUGCUCAACGGCCGAUUUGAUGCUCACUUCAAUUUGCAAGCCGAAAAUGGAAAAACUGACGGCUGAGAUUAAAAAGCAUCCGUCAGGAAGCGGUCUUCCAGACCCAGAAACGCUCCAAAGAAUGAAGGAAUACUGCGAUGAAACCAACGCAUGCGUCAGCAAAGCAGAGUGUCCGGCAAUUCGUCAAAAACUCGGAGCAUUUUCAAAGACAUGCGAACGAAUUGCAUCUCUCGGAUCACCUGUGGCUCAAUGUUCCGCCAAGCUGAAGAAGGAUCCUUCGGUUCCAGACUGCGUCAAAUGGUACUUCAUGGACAAGGGACAAAUUACCACUUCGCAGAAAUGUGAACAAUUCAAAAAACAACGGUCAUGUAUUCUUGCGGAGAUGAAGAAGAGAUGCUCGGGUGAUAUCGAAGGAGACUUCAACAAAAGCGGAGGACUAAUUUCCCAAAAUUCGGGAUGCGCUUAA